AUGUUAAAACAGUCAGAGGAGCACUGCCAGGUAAAAGGAAAGCUAAAUGUGAAACUUAAAAAAAUGGCAGUUAAGAAAGGUGCAACUGUGGACAGAUAUGAAGUUAAUAAAUUUAAAGACCAAACUGUAUGUGAAUUUUUCAAACAACGGAUGGAUGAAACUAUGUCUAACUUACACAUAAACCAAUUAGAUUGCAAAUGGAAGGCAAUAAAGGAAACCUUAAAAGUGGUUACAGAUACGACGAUAGGUAAACAAAAGAAAGUGAAGAAACCUUGGUUCAACACUUCUUGUGAGGAGGCACUUAACAGAAGGCAAGAAGCUAUAUUACAAUGGAUCAAUGAUCACUCCUUCAGACAGAAUUAA